UUCAAAUUAAAAUUCCGACCAAUGUUGUUUCCCUCUCCGAGUACAGUACGAAGUAAGCGAACUCGUCUUCUUUUCAUACCUCUUCAACAGAAACCUGUCACGCCGACACCCAAUCCGACACUUUACCUUCUCCAAAUAAAAAAUCGAAUCUCACCCCCUAAGUUUUAGCUCUCUGGUCCGGAAAAUUUCCCCAAAUAAUAGAUUAAUGAAAAGAACUCAGUUUCCUUAUUCUCCAGAUCGAUCAUGGCUUUUGCCAGUACUUGUAAUCUCAAUCAUUUCACUCACGUUUCUUCUCGCGUUAACUUUUACCCAAGGUAAAUCCUCUUCUUCCGAAACCGAUUUCUCUUUUCACCAACCGAAAUUUACUUUCUCUGAACGGGAUUACCGCCGUUUACCCAAGUUACCGAGAUUUGCUUAUCUGAUAUCGGGGACGAAAGGGGAUGGGCCACGUGUCAAGCGAUUGCUGCAGUCGGUUUAUCAUCCUAGAAAUUACUAUGUGCUCCAUCUUGAUCUAGAAGCCUCGGACUCCGAGCGGCUGGAGCUGGCUAAGUACGUGAAGUCGGAGGGCGUGUUUAGAGAGUUUGGGAACGUGAUGGUGAUCGGGAAGGCUGAUUUGGUGACUUAUAAGGGGCCCACCAUGAUUGCUAGCACGCUUCAUGCGGUGGCGAUUUUGCUGAAAAAAGCGAAAGAGUGGGAUUGGUUCUUGAACCUUAGCGCAUCAGAUUAUCCCCUCAUGUCUCAAGAUGAUAUUGUGCACAUCUUUUCUUACUUGCCUAGGGAUCUGAACUUCCUGGAGCAUACAAGUAGCAUUGGUUGGAAAGAAUACCAAAGAGCAAGGCCCAUCAUUAUAGAUCCAGGCUUAUAUCAUUCAAAAAAAUCUGGUGUAUUUUGGGCUAAGGAGAAAAGAUCCUUGCCUGCUUCUUUCAAGUUAUUCAUGGGGUCCGAAUGGGUGGUGCUGACAAAAUCAUUUCUUGAAUUCUGUGUCUGGGGAUGGGAUAAUCUCCCUCGAACUCUCCUUAUGUACUAUACAAAUUUCCUGUCAUCUCCAGAAGGCUACUUCCACACUGUAAUCUGCAAUAACAAAGACUACCAGAAUACAACGGUAAAUCACGACUUGCAUUAUAUAAGAUGGGAUAAUCCUCCAAAGCAGCACCCAAUGACUCUAACAUUGGAACAUUUUGAUGACAUGGUUCAAAGUGGAGCCCCUUUCGCUCGCAAGUUUGCCAAGGAUGAUCCAGUCCUUAACAAAAUCGACAAGGAGCUCUUACGGAGGUCCUAUGGUCAGCUUACUCCUGGGGGUUGGUGUGUUGGGGGUUCCUAUUCGGGUAAAGAUCCUUGUGUAGUUUAUGGUAAUCCAAAUGCUGUUAAACCUUCUGUAAGUUCAAAGAGGCUAGAGAAGCUGUUGGUGAAACUUCUUGAUUCUGAAAGUUUUAGAUCAAAACAGUGUAAAUAAUUUUUUUGUAAUACUCAAUAUAUUUCCCCCCAAUUUUUUUCACCUAUCA